GAAGAAUAGUAAACGCCGGAUACUUUGUUCUCAAGAUUAAACGUGAAAGGCUUUCCACAUUUUUUCACCAUAUAUGCCCUUCUGCGUGAUUUGGAAUUUCGGAAGAAUGGGGGCCUCAAGGUUUUUGUUCGUCGGUGUUAUAUUAAGCCUGCUGUGCGCAACUUUCUCAGCGGAGAUACCGUUCAUGGUGGUUCACAAGAAGGCCUCUUUGUCUAAAGUUUCCUCUCAAUCCGAGCGAGUUACAGUCACCAUCGAUCUCUACAAUCGAGGAUCCACUACAGCUUAUGACAUCAGUCUCAAUGAUGAUAGCUGGCCAAGUGACAUGUUCAAUCUUGUAAGCGGUAACACUUCAUCUUCAUGGGAUAAGCUUGAUGUUGGUGCCUCUGUUUCUCACUUAUUCAUCGUGGAAUCAAAAGUUAAAGGACUUUUCUAUGGUAGACCUGCAGUUGUGAAAUAUCGUGUUGCAGCUAAGUCUGCUCUGCAGGAAGCUUAUUCAACUCCCAUUGAGCCUCUUGAUAUCCUUUCAGAAAGACCACCAGAAAAGAAGUAUGAAUGGGCAAAGAAAUUAGCAGCCAAGUAUGGACCAGUUACAUCUGUACUCUCAAUUGUGGGGUUGUUUGUAUACAUAAUUGUGUCCCCAUCAAAGUCAAGUUCUUCAAAGUCUAGCAAGAAGAGGCGGUAGAAUACUUUUGAAUAUGUAUUGUUUUUGACAAGGGUAAACAAUAUUUGGAGGAUUGUCUUGUAGGUUUAACAACACGGCUUUAUAAUACUGAUGCCAUCGCCCAUCCAUCUGCUCCAAACAAAGUUGUCAGAUUUGCAUGCUUAAUAUAUUUUGACUCUAGUUACUUCAAGUCUUCAAAGUUGGGUGUGCAAUGUUUACUUUCCACAAAUGCACGCCAAUUAAUUUCCUGGGAAGCAAUUAAUAUUUGCACCCAUGUUUGCUGCAGGUAAAAGUUGGUACCUGUUUAAAGAAACCAAGGCUUUUGUUAAAAAUGUUUGACUUGCAUUUGAUGUACAAUAGCAGUUUUAUAACAAAUUCUCAAUAAUAAGCAUGCAAAACAUAAAUUCAGUUUA